GGCAUGCCGGAUUAUUGCGCAGGUGCAGUUGGGGCGUCCCGUCUUUUGUUACUUCAGCUGGGUUGACGUGAGGUGGCGGUGAGAGUGGACGGGAGGAGCGGCCGCCGUGAAAGAACACGAGAGAGGUUGCCGGAACAACGACUCCUCACCUGUGACUUUACCGACGCAGAAGUUCUCAUUCUCCAAUACUCGGGUGGCACACAGGAAAUGCCAGGCUCCUCGAGCGCCUUAUCACUGUCAGUGGAGUCACCACGUGUUACAUCUGUCUAGCAUGAGGUGCCCGAGACAGAGGGUUGAGCUGUGACGUGCGAAGUGCUCUCACUGACCAAUGCUGUCUGCCUUCUAAUGAGAAAACACCUGCGCUGCGUCUGUGCCACGAUGCGACUACUCCUCAGGUGCUUCCGACUGGGCCGCAGGCGGCGAAUCAGGCUCCUUCAGCACGUUGGCACCUACUGGAGCUACGGCAAGCUGUGUGCCCGCUCCCUGACUUACAACUCCUUCACCAACGGUGACGUGGUCCUUGACUCCCUGUUCGAACCCAUCUACUGGUUGGUGGACCACGUGACCCGUUGGUUCGGUGUGGUCUUCGUGGUCCUGGUGGUCUUUUUGACCACCACCAUCGUGUUGAUUGUCUACAUCUGCGUCCUUCCCGUCAUCCUGAGUACGUACCCAGCGGGCUGGAUUGCCUGGCACCUCUGCUACGGACACUGGAACCUGAUGCAGAUCGUCUUUCACUACUACAAGGCAGUGAGGACUCUCCCAGGGCACCCAGCACAGGGUAAAAAUGACAUUCCAACGGUUUCCAUCUGCAGGAAGUGUAUUAAUCCCAAGCCACCUCGUACCCAUCACUGCAGUAUAUGUAACCGAUGUAUCUUGAAGAUGGACCAUCACUGUCCCUGGCUGAAUAACUGCGUGGGUCACUACAAUCACCGCUACUUCUUCUCCUUUUGCCUGUUUAUGAUGCUAGGCUGUGUUUACUGCAGCGUUAGCAGCAGGGAGCUGUUUAUGGAGGCCUACCUCACCAUCAAUGCGGCCACUGCAGCUCCCAUUAUAUCAUUCCGGGAAAAGAUUUUCCACAAGUGUAUCAUUUAUCUGUGGGUUCUCUGCAGCUCAGUAGCCCUGGCUCUCAGUGGUCUCACCCUGUGGCACGCAGUCCUCAUCCUCGGUGGGGAGACCAGCAUCGAGAGGCACAUCAAUAAGAAGGAACGGCGGAGGCAGCAGCAGAAAGGACGGGUUUUCCGAAAUCCCUAUCAUGCAGGCAAACUGAACAACUUGAAAAUGUUUCUUGGAAUAGAAAAACAGAGUCACUGGAUAACUCGUUUGCUGCUUCCAUCCUCUCACCUACCAUACGGAGAUGGCAUGACAUGGACACUUCCAGUGGCUUUCAGUGUAGACAAGACAAUAUUGGCAAUUUGAUGAUGACGGUGUUGCCAAAACCUGUGCUGAGCGGGAUGGGAACGUGAACUAGAGGGACCGAGGACUUACUGGCCAUCCUGGCUGAGGGGAGUGAAGGAACUGUUGGACAGAAGAUGACCCAGUGAUUGCUCUGCUCCUUGCAGUUCAAGGCAUGAGUCAGAAGCUCAGUGAAGCAAUAAAAAACCACAGUAGUUAAUCACUGUGCUCACACCAGCCAGCUGUGCUUUACUGGAUGGCAGUAAUAAGGGAGUAUUUUGUACAUGCAAACUUAAGGGUGUUCUGACAAAACCAGGCCCCAUUUAAUGAGUAGAUACAAACUCACAACAAUAAAACAGUGUCCCUUCCUUAGAUGCUGUAAAAUAGAUGCAGCAAAGUGGAGUCUUGCUAAUCGGAACUCCCAAGGAUGGAUUUAACUUUCUGGGGAUACACACAGGCAGGGUUUCACAAGGCUGUCCCUGACCUUUGGGGAGAUAAACACAAUGGACCAAGCCCAUUACUGUUCGUGCAGUGGUGGAAAAAGAAAUCUGUUCCCUUUUGCUUGAAUAGAAUUGCAGUGAAGCAAGACCUUAUUUAUUUUGAGUAGGAGGAACUACAUUCCACAGUGUGUGUGGCUGCUAAUCAUUUCCUUCCCAAUUCUGUAGGUGAAGGUUUUUGUUACACCAGAUGAAUAUAGGUGAUCCGAUGUGAUCUGCCCUCAGAUAGCAACAACUGGGUUCUGAUGUAGAUCUCCUGGAAGUAGACGGAGAAUUGUGAAAGGAUCACACCUAGCAAGAACACUGACUGGAUAAUUAUCCUGUUGUUGAAUUUAUCGUUAAGGAUAUUGCUGAAAACAUUUUGUCAUUCAUCUCAUUGGUGUUCCCUGUUGAGAUUGAUAAAGUUUCCUACUAGUGACACUUUAAAGUUUCUCUAUUGCAUUGAGGGGGAUGGAGGUUGUGACGAGUCCUUCACAAUUUCUGUCUUUCACAAAAGAGCAGGUGUGGCCCUCUCCAAAAUACCCUUGCCUGGUGUACAGAGCUCCGCAGUGGAUCAGAAUUGGAAGUCUGUGGAUUGGGCAGUUUGGUGCUACAAGGACAGGGGCCAGACAAUGUAGCCACCCCAUCCCUUUUGAACCGGGGUAAAUCAACAUGGUACAUGGGCCUUAACUGCACUCCCAAUACUCCCAACUGGGAGGUAUCCAGGUACUUAGCAAUGUACAUCUUUUUUCUUAAAGAAUUGUAUUUCUGUACUGAGAUUGGGAUUUCCCAAGUGAACUUCUCUGGUUUAUUCUUUACCCAGUUGGGUGAUUUGUACCUGCUUGUUCAUUUUCAAGGCAGGAAGCCAGGCAGAAGUAGCUGAAUGCUGAGUUACCACCCCUGCCCGAGGUUAAAUACCUUUCUCAGAGCCCUGUGCUGCAAAUCUUGUACUUGAUGUUUAGGGUGAGCUGGUAACAGACACAGGAUUCCUUUCCAAGUAUUCAGUGUUGUUUCUUAAACAACCCUCUAAUGUUUUGUGUUUCCAUUUGUAUUGUAACUCGAAGACCAUCUUUGUGAAAUUGUACUUUCAACAAUUUCUAAACUGUUCCCUUUAAACAGUGUACUGGA